AUGGUUCUUGAAAUAGAUGUCAGAAUUUUUAAAAGUAAAGAAACUCUACUUGAAAAUCUUCCAAAAUUAUUAGAGAUUUUAUAAACUGGCAGGACUUUAACAGUUUCAUGGCCUAAAACUCAAAAAGACAUAUACUAAGAAUAUUUCAAAGAAAAUUAAAAAAUCAUGAAUUCAACUCAAUAUUAAGCUCUACUUAAUUUAGUAGAGGCAACCUUACCUUAUCCAGAUCUAUAAAGCAAAAUGUAUUUCUUAUAUUUUAUUAUUUAGAAUUGUAACUCUUACUUUAUAUCAUGUCGAAAAAAAGUAAUUUAAUGAAGUCUUAAAGUUUGUCAAAAUGCUCAAUCAAAUUAAAAUGGCUACAUCUCUUAGAUAAUAAUAUCUUUAUGCUUUGAAAUAUUUAAAAUAAAAUGUUAAUGAGAUCAAUUAAAUUGAUUAAGUAUAAAUAAUUAUUGAUAUAUUGCUCUAUGAAAACUAAAUAUCCAAAGAGGAAUUGAAACAAUUCUAUGUAAUUUUUAAUGAAAUAUUCUUAGGAAUUAAAAAAAAUAGAACUAGAAAAAAAUGAAUAAAUCUAUAUUUGGUUUGUUGAAAAAAUUUGGAAUUUUGAAAAAAACAACUUCAAACUAGUAGAUAUCUUAUUUUAUUACUAUGCUAAUUAAAAUAAUAUUAAAAAAGCUGAACAAAUUUUUAUGGUUUUCUCAAAUAUAUAAAAUCAUUAACAAAUUGAAUAAAAUUAAAUAUUUGAUUAAUUUGAGUUUUAUAAAAAGGAAUAUGAACAAAAUCUUGUUGAAAUUGACACCUUAUCUAUUAUUUUUGAAGAUAAAAAUGCAACUGAAGAUACAUAAUUGUUAUAAUAAUAAUCAUUAUAAUCAAUAACAAGAUUAAUAGAAUUGAAAUAAAAAAUUGGUUGUCCAUUAGUUGAUAUGAUCUAUUUAUAUUAAAAAUAAGCUUAGAUAUUAAAAUUUAAACAUGAUUUAGAUUCAGCUAUUAAGGUACUUUUACAUUGUUUAGAAUUAAUAAAAGCUGAAAAACUUAUAAAUUAUAAUUCUAGAAUUAUAUUAUUAGAAUCUUUAUGUUAUGAUCAACUUGGAGAUUACUAGAGAUCAAAAAAUUUAUUUUAAGAAGCACUAUAAUCUCUUUAGGAUUCAGUCUAAUUGAAAGAAGAAUUAAAAGAUAAAUGUGAUCCAAAAAAGUUAAUUUACACUAAAAUGUAUUUAGCUAGCACAUUUUAUAAAUUAAAAAAUUUAGAAUAGUCUUUAGAAUUAUUUAAUUAAGUUCUAAAAAUAUAAUAACACGUAAUUUUUAUUAUUUUUAUAACAGGAAGAUUAUGAAAGUCAUCUCAUAGGUUCAACUUAAAAUAAUAUAGCCUCAAUUUUAUUAAAUUAAGGAAAAUAUUAAGAAGCUAAAGAAUUUUGUGAAUAGGCUAUUGAAAAUAUUGCUAAAAAAUAUAAUGAUUCUGAUCCUGUAAUGAAAAAAGUCAAAUAACUAAAAGACAAAAUUGAUAGUUCAAUAUUAUCCUAAAAAAAUUAAUGA